GUUUUCCAUGUCAUUUCCUGUAUUAAAAGAUGGUGGUCACAGCAGAGAGAAGCAGAUGACUGUGGUACAAACAUUUGGAGAUGAUAAACUUUGCAUCGCCCGGGACUAGUGAAAUCCCCGCGUGCCGUUGCGUCACCGCCGCCCUGCUCGGAGCGGCAGAUAGCGAGACGCACCACGGCUGAAGAAGACCACCAAAGACCCCGAGACGCACUGCGUAUGUUCUACAGAAGUAUUUAUUUUACCUCAGCAUUAAUAUGUUGAAGUGAAACGCUCUGCCCAGAAUGAUGGCAGAUUCCUGUGCCGUUCCAGACCAUUCCUCCAUGGAAGUUGAGGCUGAAUGCAGCACCAGUGCCUCAAAUGGGAAGUCCACUGAAGAGCCAAACAAAAAACUAAAAGUUGACCAUGAGCAUUUGACCAGUUUUUGGUUCUGUGAAGAAUGCAAGAAAUAUUUCUCGGAGGAGUGCCCUACCCAUGGGCCCCCUUUUUUUGUGCCAGACACCCCUGUGGCAUCAGGGGUGCCCAAUCGGGCAGCUCUCACUGUACCCUCAGGCAUUGAGAUCCGUAGAGAUGGUGAUAAGGUGGAUGUCUGCUGCAUGGAUGAAAAUAUACCAAAGGGGGCGCUGUUUGGUCCUUAUCAAGGCCAAAUAAAUGCCUCGGAUAAACACUCAGGACCAUACUCUUGGAUGAUUGUUGGUAAGGACAACAAAAAUAAAUUCAUUGAUGGGAGCGAUGAAACUACGUCUAACUGGAUGAGGUUCAUUCUGAUUUCUUCUGAUGAGAGGAAAAAGAACCUGAGUGCAUUUCAACAUGGGGAAGAAAUCUACUUUAGAGUGUGUCAGAGACUGACGGUGGGAGAGAAACUCUGUGUGUGGUACAGCAGCGAGUACAUGAGGCGACUGCAGAGUGUGUCUCGGGACAGCAUCGACCGCAAUCUGGACACAGGAGUGAAAUUAGAAGAACAGGAGGAGCAUAAAGGUCCAGUGUUGAGAUCUGCAAUACAUGGUAGAAGGACCCGAAGUAAGCAUGGAAGUGAUGAGGCAGAAAACCAGCCCCAGGCCAAGAAAAAGAAGAUUGACCUCAUUUUCAAAGAUGUCCUGGAAGCAUCUCUGGAGACUAAUCAAAGCCAGAACAACCCCCUGAACAGCACCUCGUCUUUUCCAAGAGCAAGAACAAAUGUCUGCCAGGUUUUCAGCCAGCUUGACGCAGAGUGUAAAGAGACCGUCUUCACCUCUGGAUUGGCUUCCAUGGAACAUCACGAGAGUAGGUUUGAUGCAAAAUGCAUUAAAAUGGAAGAAACAGAAAAAGAUGUGACCCUAACCAAUGUAGGACCAUCAACAUCUUUCUGCCCAAACUGUGUGAGGUUAAAACAACGAAUACGUGAGCUGGAGGCUGAGUUGCUUUGUCUCAGAGGACAGGGGCAUGCUGAAAUUAAGCCAGUACCACCAUUUGAGCCCUUUCAUAGUGAGGACCUCAAAGAUGCCGUGAUGCCCGUCCCAGCAGCGCUUGAGGAAGAUGACCAGGAUGUUGAUUCUGCUGAUGAAUCCAUUUCUGCUGACCUCAUGGUGGCUACGGAUGAGUCUUCGAAGCUCUCGCUGGGCUCAGGUCGUCGGAUUCGUCGCUUCAAACCGGAGUGGCUGAAGAAGUUCUGGUUUCUCCGUUAUUCACCCACACUGAAUGAAAUGUGGUGCCACGUGUGCCGACAAUACACUGUCCAGUCUUCCCGCACCUCUGCUUUUAUUAUUGGUUCCAAGCAAUUCAAAAUCCACACUAUUAAACUUCAUAGCCAGAGCAAUCUGCACAAAAAGUGUUUGCAGCUUUACAAACUUCGCAUGCACCCGGAGAAGACCGAGGAGAUGUGUCGUAAUAUGAUGACUCUUUUCAAUGCUGCCUACCAUCUGGCUUUGGAAGGACGGCCAUUUUCCGAUCUGCGACCCUUGGCAGAGCUCCUCAAGAAGUGCGACCUCAAAGUGGUAGAUCAGUACAUGAAUGAAAAUGACUGUCAGAUUCUCAUUCAACACAUUGCUCGAGCAUUCAAAGAGGAUUUGGCUGAGAAGAUACGGCUUUCGCCCUUUCUAAGCAUCAUCAUGGAUGGGCAGAAUGAUGAGCUCUUGGCUGAUACUGUUGCUGUUUACGUCCAGUUCACCACCACUGAUGGACUUCCUGCCACGGAGUUCCUUUCCCUACAAAGGCUUUGUGGAGGCAACGUGGAAGGCUACCUCCAGGCUGUGGAUCGUGCCUUUGGAGUCCUUGGUCUAAGACUUCAGGACAUGCUAGUUGUUGGCUUGGGAAUAGAUGGCUCAAACCUUUCCUCUAGUCUGAGGGCAAAAAUUUACAUAUCUGUACGAAAGACAAUCCCUUGGGUGUUGUGUCUACCUGUGAUGAUCCAUCGUCCCCAUUUGGAGGUUCUGGAUGCUAUCAGUGGAAAGGAACUGUCUUGCUUGGAAGAUUUGGAAAACAACUUGAAGCAACUUCUUAGCUUCUACCGGUAUUCUCCACGUAUGAUGGCUGAGUUGAAAUCAACAGCACCAACUCUGUCUGAGGAAACUAAGUUUCUUGGGGAUAUAAGAGCUGUGCGUUGGAUCAUAGGUGAACCCAAUGUUCUCACUGCCCUAAUCAAGGACUAUCUAGAGGUGGUUGCUCACUUGAAGAGCAUAAGCAGCCAAACCCAGAGAGGUGAUGCUGCUGCCAUUGCUCUGUCUCUCCUACAGUUCCUGUUGGAUUAUCAGUCGGUGAAGCUGAUCUAUUUUGUGUUGGACAUCAUUGCUGUCUUUUCACGACUUGCUUUCAUCUUUCAGGGGGACUAUCUGUUGCCGUCACAGGUGGAUGCAAAAAUUGAGGAUGCCAUUCAUGAGAUUGGUCAAUUGGUGGACUCCCCAGGGGAGCACCUACAGGAGUUUGAGGACAACUUUCGGGAGAGUUUUAAUGGCGUGGACCUCAAGAACUUGCGGGUUGCUGAGUCCAAGUUUCAGUCCAUUCGAGAGAAGAUCUGUCAGCGAAGUCAAGGCAUCCUGGCCCAACGUUUUGAUCCACGCAGUCGCUCAGUGGUUCAGGCUUGUCAGGUCCUUGACCUGGCCUCGUGGCCUCUUAACAGGGAUGAUCUUGGUGCAUAUGGAGAGGAGGAGAUCCUUGUCAUUUUUGACCACCUGGAGACGAUUCCUUCCUCUGGCCGUGAGCUCUCUAAAGAGAGAAUAGAUGCCAGAGGAAGCCUUGUACUUGAAUGGAGGGAUCUAAAAGCUGAUUAUUGUAGUGUGAAUGGUUUUAAAGAAUUAGUCAGCCACAUCUUCAAAUACAAGCAACGUUUCCCUCUUCUCAAUCACAUCCUGCAUAUUGUCAGGGUAUUGCCAACGUCAUCGACAUGCUGUGACAAAGGAAGAUGCUCGUUGCAGAAAGUGCGCAGAAAUUGCCGUUCCAGACUAACUCUGGAACAGAUCAAUGAUCUGCUCACCUUGGCCGUUAACGGACCACCUAUCAGGAGCUUUGAUGGAAAGCGAGCUUUGGACAACUGGUUUGAAGAGAAAUCCGGGAACAGCUAUUCACCCUCGGCAGAAGUGCUGAGCAGAAUGCCCACCACCGAACAAAAGUCUGUGUUGCACAAUAUGGAUAUGAAUGCAUAUGAGUGUUAUCCAGAUAUUUAACUGAUCGGCAACAAUUACUCAGCCAACAUAAUUCCAAAAAGCCAUCUCGUUGGAAAAGGGCUGAUCGGUACUAUAAUGUGAUUGGCCAAGUAGUUUGACACUGGCCCUGCUGCUAAAAUGGCCUAGAUCAGCGUUUUCUCUAUGAAUUGGUUUAAAUGCCUUUGCAGGUCACAGGCACAUGAAACACUUUAAAAUGUUCAUGUAAAUGGUUGUGAUGUGUUGAUAUGUGUUUUUGUUCCAAAGAGAAACUAGGCUAUUUUCUAGUCACAAGGAUUGUUGCCGUUAGGUGAAUGUUUGACUAAACACCAUUUCAUCAGAUAUUGGUGAGUGAAGCCUCCUUACAGUCUUUUUUAAUCUUUGAAAAUGUCACCUUCUUGCAAAAACCGAUUCAACUAAAACCUUAAAUAAUAAAAAGUUUUAUUAUUUUAUCUGCAAUAUAAUUUGAGCAAUCAUUCUGUAUUUGUACGUAGACUUGUGUGUAUGGAAAUUAUAUAAUAAAAAUUGCUCAAAUUUUCACAGCAUGCUCUUUAUGCUGGUUAUCACUAACUGGAAUGGAAAUGGCCACUCUUUUGCCUUUUCCUAACAUUUUUUUUUUUUUUUUUUUUUUUUUAGAUACUCUUUAGUUAACCACUACUUUUAAGAUUAUAUGUCAAUCUUGAUUUGUUAACAUGGCUCAUCACACAGGUGCCGGUAAUGUGCAGUUUACACCCAAUCUGAUUUAAAGAUUUCAAAUACA